UAAUCGAAGCAUUGUUUCGUAGAUCUGCAGUUGAAACAGCAAUUUCAGAAUAUGUGACGGAUCAUUAUCCCAAGGGCGCUUCGGCAACUUACUCUACAGGAGAAACGCUAACGAUUGCAAUAGUGGAUAACAAAUAUAGUCCAUCAAAUCUCUGGAAUGGUAGAUGGCGGUCGACUUGGGUCAUCUCACCUGAAUCUGGAGAAAUAAAAGGAACAAUCAAAGUCAAUGUCCACUAUUACGAAGAUGGGAAUGUACAAUUGAAUUCUACAAAGGAUAUCGAAAUCACCUCUACUCCAGUGAAUCCAGAAGACCUUGCCGCAUCAGCUGCCGCUUAUGCCAGAUCAAUUUGCAAAGCUGAAAAUGAGUUUCAAAAUGCAUUGAAUGAAUCUCAUGUUGAAUUAUCAGAACAUACAUUUAAGGGAUUGAGGCGUGCUCUCCCAUUGACACGUCAAAAGAUCGACUGGGAUAAG